AUGAUGGAAAGGAUUAACACCCCUGGUUCCAUGCCCGAUGAAGGCGAUUCGGACUCAAGUGUUGGAACGGGAUAUGACGACGAAGAUGGUGUUCUGACCAAGGAAAAGCGCGAAGAAAUUGCCAAAAAGGAGAGUGACAUGGUCUUUUGGCUCCGGAUGCUGGUGCUCGCAGUGAUGCUGGCCUCUGCAAUCACUGUGGUUGUCUUUGUCUAUCUGUUCAUGAGCAAGAAUGAGGAAGAAGAGUUUCAAAGCAAAUUUCAGAGUGCUAAAGGAGUUGUCCUUGAAUCCGUGGGAAGAACCUUUGAUCAGGUGUUGGGUGCGACUGAUGCUUUUGUGGGAAGUUUGGUUUCCCAUUCCAACGACACCUGGCCUUUUGUAGCCAUGCCAGACUGGGGCUAUAAUGCUGCCAAGAUCCUCAAACAAUCCAAGUCUUUUCACUGUGGAUUAAGUUUGCUUGUGGAACCAGAAGACACACAGGAAUGGGUCAACUUUUCCACUUCCCACUUGGAUUGGAUUGAGGACGCCAAGGCCAUACAGCAAACCGAUGAAGACUGGACACAUUCUACUGACUUUAAUACCACGGUUAUACCGUUCAUCUGGACAUUCCAUGAAGAUCUGGAACCAGUGCUUGAGCCUACGCCAUACAUGAACAACCACCUCGUGAAUUGGCAGCUGUAUCCUGUAGUCCAAAAUGAUGGUUUUCCCUUGGCUGUCAACUAUGAUGACUGGACUAUUCCUGAUGCUGCGGGCGGCCUCUUGGAGUCGUUCUACAACAAAACUGUGAUCAUCACCAAUCAAGAGGGCAUCGUUUAUAACACCUCAGACCCAUUGGAGGUCUUGGAAGCAGAAUAUACUGCCAACUAUACCUCUCACUUCCUUGGUCCUGACGAAGAUCCCAUGGAACCAUCUGGGUACAUUGCCUACCCAUUCUUUGAUUAUGCAGAUUCCCUCAACUCAGUUCGGUUGGACAGGUCCAUCGACCACACUCCCCGUGGAUACUUUUGGUACACAUACAUGUGGAAAAACUACGUCCAAAACAUUUUGCCGGAAGGCACCAAUGGGGUGGUGGUGGUCUUUUCCAGCUCGUGUGCAGGAAUUUUUACCUAUCGUCUGGAUGGUAACAAGGCUACCUAUCUGGGCGGCGGGGACCUUCAUGACCCCAAGUACGACUACAUGGGCACAACCAAGACGCUCUAUGAUAUUAUGGAUGGCACCAGCCAGUCUGCAGAAGGGAGCAGCUACUCGGGGCUUCCUGUGACCAAAACGUACUGUGUCAUGACACUCAGCGUCUAUCCCUCGCAAGAUUUUGAAGAUGAUUACAUCACCAGUGAACCCGUGAUCUUCACAGCGUUGGCUGCCUGCAUCUUUAUCUUUACCUCUCUGAUUUUCAUCAUCUACGAUUGUACCGUGGCAAGACGGCAGCGCAUUGUCAUGCAAAGAGCUUUGGCCUCUGGAGCCAUUGUUUCUUCCCUCUUUCCCGAAAAGGUCAAGCAACAGCUAUACAACGAACAAACACAAGAACAGAAGAAACAGAAUACACUCAAAGAGUUCAUGACAUUGCCGGAAUCCACGGACAAAGCUUCAAUCAACAGCAGCAAGCCCAUUGCUGAUCUCUUUGAUAACACCACAAUCUUCUUUGCGGACUUGGCGGGCUUCACUGCCUGGAGUGGCAAGCGAACACCCGUGGAAGUGUUUGAACUCUUGGAAAACUUAUAUGGUGCUUUUGAUGCUGUUGCAAAGCGUCGCAAAGUGUUCAAAGUUGAAACAAUUGGGGACUGCUACGUUGCAGUCACUGGCAUCCCAGAACCCCAAAAGAAUCAUGCUUCAAUAAUGGCCCGCUUCGCAUGUCAGAAAUGCACCUGGUAA